AAAUCCCCUCCAUCAUCUCGUCUCUCUCUCUCUCUCUCUCUAUCUCUCUUCACUCUCACUUUCCUAGUGAGAGAAACUAAAAAGAAACCCUAGAGGGAGAAACUCAGUCCUCACCCUCACUGUCUAUCUCUCUCUAAGUUUUUUCUUCUCUCUCUAAAAUGAAGACCAGCACGAAGCUUAUAGUGCUCCACCCUUCAAUAAACAGACAAGGAGGUCCUCACCGCACGUGGCUUCUCGUUUUCGUCUCUCUCUUCAUGUUCGCCUUUACUCUCACUCUCAUCACCACCAGGGACGCCGUCCCCUCCGCCGCAACCGCCGCCACCUCCGCCUCCUCCGCACUACCCAAACCCGUCUUCGACGCCCUCCUCCACUACGCCGCCACCGCCAAUUCCACCGCAGCCCGGAUGUCCUCCGCCGAGCUCCACUACAUCGCCGCCGUCCUCCGCCGCUGCGCCGCCCCCUGCAACCUCCUCGUUUUCGGGCUCACCCACGAAACCCUCCUCUGGAAAUCGCUCAAUUUUAAAGGACGAACAGUCUUCAUCGACGAAAGCGCUUACCUGGUCUCCAAACUCGAAGAGCAAAACCCAGAAAUCGAAGCUUACGAUGUUCAAUUCACGACCAGAGUGAGCGACAUGUACGAUCUUCUCGAAUAUGGAAGAGAGCAACUUCGAAACGAGUGUCGUCCUGUGCAAAACCUCCUCUUCUCGGACUGCAAACUGGGGAUUAACGAUCUUCCCAAUCACAUAUACGAAGUGGGUUGGGACGUGAUUUUGGUGGACGGGCCACGCGGGUACUUUCCGGCGGCGCCGGGGAGAAUGUCGGCGAUAUUCACCGCCGGAGUGCUGGCGAGGAGCAAAAGAAGCGGCGGGGAAGCGGGCAAGACGAAUGUGUUUGUGCACGAAGUUGAUAGAGAGGUGGAGAGAGUUUGCAGUGAUGAGUUCUUGUGUAGAGAGAACCUGGUUGAGUCUGUGGACUCGUUGGGUCAUUUUGUGGUGGAGAAGAUGGACUCUAAGAGUUCCGAAUUUUGUCCAAACUCUUCACCAACAUCAAGAUCAUCAUGGAUUGAUGAUUGAGAUGAACAUUGUGAUUAAUUACUUGUAUAAUUACAUAUUUCUCUUUUGCUUUUUUGUUUCUUUUUCUUUUUCUUUUGGUACUUUUCCGCCACUAAGGUAUGGUGUAAUUUUGAAAGGUUGAUAGUUUAAACUUUAAACAGUUAAAGGUUCUACUUUAAAGAACCAGUAAUGAGAUAUCAAGUUCUGGGUGUUCAAA